CAACGUAAGCUAAGCUUGAACACCAUGUUUAUCAAUCUACUGCGCAUGAACAUCCUGUAAAAUCGCUUUGUCUUGAACGCAGCCAUGAUGCAGUUAAGCGUCUCGGAUGAUUCGAAGAAUUCCGAGGAACCCGUUUAUUUCAAGAGGUACACUCUUGCGGUUUUCGGAGAUUCUGGAGUGGGAAAAAGUUCCAUUGUCCGUCAUCUUGUGGGCGAGAAGUAUAUACCCGAUCACGUUCCUACGGUGGAAGAAUUCUACGUUAAGCCAAUAACCCACAGAAACAGAGCUUACGAGCUUCAAAUCAUCGACACUUCAGGAACGUACGAGUUUCCUGCGAUGAGAAGAAUUGCUAUCCAUAAGGCGGACGCAGCAGUUUUGGUGUACUCUUUGGACAAGCCAGAAUCGUUCACGAAGUUGGAAAGAUACAUGGAUGAAAUCGAGAGCUAUUGCGCUGAAAGAAAUCGGAGAAUUCCUGUCAUUAUUGUGUCUAACAAAUCAGAUAUUCCGAAUUUGUCGGAGCCAACGUUUGUGAACACGAAUGGACUAAAAAUUAGCGCGUGCGUCUACCUGGAGGGGAAAUUUAAGUGCCAAUGGCUGGCUACUUCGGCCAAAUUCAAUCUGAACAUCGAUACGUUAUUCCACAAAAUGUUAGACAAACUGAGUCCGGAUAAAAACUUAGUAAGGAAGAAAGGCAGUAUCCUUAAGCAAAUUCUGCGUUAACUUGACACUGAUCAUUUUCACGGAGCGCGUACGAUAUUUUGAUCAUGCAUCGCCAGAAUUCGGUGUAAAUGGAGUUUCAGUUUGAUUAAGAGAUUAAGAACAAAUUAGAUUGCAUCCGUUUGUUAUACUAGUUAUAUCUUGAGUAAUGCUAUUCUGCUUCGCCCGUUUGCUUUUGUUUUGUUUGUCUUGAAAUCACCACGGAUCAUGAAUUAGCACUUACCAGCAAAAGAUGGCACGUUUCAAAACAGUUAUAUUCAGUUGCACCUAUUUUACUCAAUCGGAAAGUUACAAAAUUUACAUCAAUUCACUAAGUCCAUAUCUCAGAGGAGAUAGUUUACGAUAAGUUGAUAGCUUCUAUCUAAAUGUACUUUGUGCAGAAUAAUUUCUCGUGCUUCUGAGCCUUCUGAGAGCUUGUGAACUUACAGUUUUGUGAGACUUCAGAAUUUCUGGAGUCUCGGGAAUGUUUUCUUCCUGUUUUGAGCAUUCAAACUGACUGAUUGUAAAAACAACAGUUGAUAAGACGGAAUGGAAACAGUCAUUGUUGUUCUGUGUUCAUGUAGCGGUUAUGAAGUGUGAAGUGAGUCAAGUUUAUCGUACUUGCUGCAAGACCUGAUGUCUGUCUUCCUAUACAAAUCUUUAUCGACUAGGAUAGAAGUUACCCUCGCCAAAGGAUAACAAAACGGAAAUUAGGUUUUUCCGGAAAGGUUUGACCUUUUCCUCGGAAAUAAAACAUGGAGGUACCCUGAUACCUUCAAACAAACAAUGAA